UGAAGUUCACGGUUGGCAUAACAUUUCCUACUUUAAUUGGACUGGGUCUACAAGAUGAAAUUGAUGGAGACCUUGUUUCUGACCUAAAACUGUGUCUGCACCAACUAAUUGCCAAGCUAAACUAUAUAAUAUGGAUGUUUUAGCAUCGCGUGGUCUAUCAAUCUUGCAUGUACCCAAAAAUAGCCGAGUACCAGCACCACACCAGUACGGCUGUGCUGCCCAGGAGUGGACAUGUGCCAUCAUAGCACUUAACCGAUGAAAAUAACACUCAGUUGAACUCAGUCUAGAUGGAAUAUUCCAAAUAGGUUUAAUCCCACAAUUUAAUACGAAAUGUGCCUUAUAAUGGGUUCUACAAGAUCGAUCCCAAAACUCGCCGACACGUCAAGCGGUAGGAGCACACCCACGAUCAAGACGCGCCCAAUCUACAUUUUAGAUAAUCACCCACUUCCCUUCCUUCACCACAAAUCGGGAAGCCUCAUUGAUUAUGAACUUUUUGGCCAAAAAGCUCGGAACCCUUACUGGUUUCUCCAUUCCCUACAACUUUCUCGGCGAACCGCUUGUGGUGGAGUCUGUGUGGAAGGUGUACCACGGCACAAAGGUUGAGGACGGUGCAAAGGUGACAAUUUUCGAGUUUAACCUUAAGGAUAACGCAAACCAGCGCAACGUACCGUUGGCACGAAAUGCAUACAAGAAGCUCAAGUCUAUUCGAUUCCCCGGGAUCCUCCACAUCGUGGACUUUAUCGAAAACGACAGCUACUUGUACGUGAUCAGCGAACCGGUCACGCCGCUCCGCCAGAUCUUAGUAGACGCGGAAGUGUCGCCGGAAGUGAAACUCUUUGGACUCUACCAGUUAGCCAAGACAAUGAGGUUUGUGAACAAAGACGCCGGGUUUGUACACGGAAACGUGGGCGUGGACCAAAUCUAUGUAACCCAGCAGGGCGAUUGGAAGUUGAGCGGGUUUGAGAUGAUGACCAACUUGACCAGCGACCCUGACCAGCCGAUCUACCGCUUUUCGCAGCCAUUUGCCGUGUUACAGCCCCCUGAGGCCGAACGGGGCAUGGAGGGGAUCAGGAAGGCGCCUGUUAAAUACGACUCCUUCAGAUUCGGAUGCUUGAUCUACGAACUUUUCAACGGGAAGGCGUACCAGCUACGUGAGCUUGCUUCCACCGGCAAAAUCCCUGCAACAUUGAUUCCAGCGUACAAGCGCUUAGUGGCGUCGUUCAGCCUUAGAAGCACCAUCGAGAUGUUCUACCACUCGGGAGAAACAACCUUCUUCCACACACCGUUAAUCCACUUUGACGCCGAAUUGACUGAAUUGGCGUAUGGGGAGAAUGAGGCAAAGCUCGCGUUUUUGGCCAAUCUUUCGGCCGAGCUUGCUCAAAUUCCCCAGUUCCCCCCGGGAUUUGUUGAGUACAAGAUUCUCCCAGAGUUGGUUAAAUUGUUCAACACCAACACAGAGCCAGCAAAUACCCCCUUAAUCUUGUCCCAUAUUCUUCAAUUCUCCGCCGGUCUCCCGCCCACAUCUCCAGAAUAUGCCACCUUGGUCAAGCCCAUCAUCUUCAAGGCGUUUACAUUGGCUGACCGCGUGACUCGGUUGCAGCUCCUCAAUGCCUUGCCCCUUUUAGUCACUACGCUCACAAAGGCGGACAUUUCCGAUCGGGUAUUUCCACAGUUGAUCAGUGGUUUUGGUGAUACGAACGAGACGAUCCGUGAGGAAACCGUCAAGUCGUGCACCCUCAUCGCCCCGCUCUUGACCGACCGUCAGCUCAACAACGACUUGCUCCGACUCUUGGCCAAAUCGCAGAUGGAUCCUAUCCCUACCAUUAGAACCAACACGCUUGUGGUGCUUGCAUCCGUCGCGCCCAGCUUGACUGCGUCGUCCAGACCGGGCGUCUUGAUCACAGCCUUUUCCAAGGGCUUGAAAGAUUCCUUUACCCCAUGUAAGCUCCACGCGUUGAUGGCGUUCAAAAAUGCGAUCGAUCACUUUCCACCGGAGAUCUGCUGUACCAGAGUGUUGGGGGUCAUCACAAACUGCUUGUUGGACAAGAACUACCGCGUACGUGACGAGGCUAGACUUGUGUUUGAACAGUAUAUGGUCAAGAUUAACGACGAGGUCGCGAAAUUGCCACGCGACCCGAAGGAUGAUGAAGCGUUUGAUAUCCAGCUGAUUGAUGCCGCAACCAAAAGCGGGGCAAAGCCUGUAGAGUCGCCCGGGACGUUCAUGUCGUUGAUGAAAGGCUCGAUGAACAACAGAAUGGUUAUUUCUACCCCACCAUUGGACUCCAGGACCGGCAGCACCGUCCUGUUGGUUGCGCCGACUCAGGAAGCGUCGAGGUUAUCAUUGGACGAAGCGGUGGAUGACGGUUGGGGCUUUGACAUGGAGGAUGAAAUCGAAGCUCCAGUUAUCAAGCCGGUGCCAACUAAGACCGCUGUGGUGCCAAAGACCAGAAUGAAGUUGCAGCCGAAGAAGGCCAACGUCAGCAAGUUGAACUUGAACUUGGAUAUGGAGGAUGAUUCGGGCUGGGGUGAUGGCUGGUAAUGCGAGAGAUGACUGUAUAGAGGAUAGUAUGGUAGACUCCUAACUUGGUGAG